CACCCCUUUCCCUUCACUUUCUAGAACAGCCCACAGAUCCUCAUUGGUUAUUUACUGACUUUGGGGUAUUUGUUCGUGCCUUAUAUUUUGAGAUCUUUUAUGUGCUGGACAUUGAGAGAAGCUGAUUAUAAAAGCAGGUUCUGAAAACAUUACCAUGGUGUUUCUGGGGCUCCUUUGGCUUGUUGCAGCAGUGGUUCACAUCUGCAGCGCAGAACCACAGCCACUAAAAGUGACCACUAUUAAGCAAGAACCAUACACAAUGUCAAAAGGCUCAGAGUUUGAAGGCUUCUGUAUGGACUUGCUAUCUGCACUGGCGGAGAAACUGAGCUUCAAGUACAAUGUCCGCCUUGUGAAAGAUGGAAAAUACGGCCAGAAGGAUGAACGUGGAAAUUGGGCUGGGAUGAUUGGAGAGGUUGUGAGAGGGGAAGCAGAUCUGGCUAUGGCUCCACUUACGCUCACAGCUGUUCGAGAGAUGGCAGUGGACAUGACCAAACCAUUCAUGCAGACAGGCAUUAGUUUUGUCAUGAGAAAGGACACUGGCUCAGAAGACUCGCAGUAUCUCAGCUUUUUAAAUCUCUUCUCUAGUGAGAUGUGGAUCAGCCUUAUAAUUGCUUAUCUGCUUACCUCCCUCUGUAUCUUUUUGGUGGCUCGUAUUAGCCCCUCUGAAUGGAGCCAGCCACAGACGGAGAAAAAUCACUUUACAGUCUCGCACAGCUUCUGGUACACUAUUGGGGCUUUAACACUUCAAGGCGCUGGACCACACCCCAAGUCCUUCUCAGGACGUGUGAUUACUGCCAUCUGGUGGUUGUUUUCAUUAGUUGUCUUGGCCUGCUAUUUUGCAAACCUCAGUAAUUGGAUGUACAUGGAUAACAAGCAACUCUCAAUUAAGAGCUUUGAAGACCUAGCGAACCAAAAUGUCAUUGAGUAUGGGACAAUCAAGGGCUCCUCCACUAUGGCUUUAUUUAAGAACUCCAACAAUCCUACCUACCGGCGCAUCUACGAAAACAUGGAAAGAAAACAGUCCUAUGCCGUGACAAUGGAAGAAGGCAUCCGUAUGUCUCAGGGAGGAAAAUAUGCCUUCAUUGGAGAGUCUGUGUCUCUUGACCUGGCUGUGGCACGUUACUGCAACCUAAUACGUGCUUCUGAGGUCAUUGGCAUGAGAGGCUACAGCAUUGCAGUUCCUUUGGGCUCUCCUAUGCUGAAAAACCUGAGUGUGGCCAUCCUCCAGUUGAGCGAAUCUGGAGAACUGGAUUAUCUGCUAAGUAAAUGGUGGGCAAGCAGCUGCAUGGAAGAAAACGCACAGGCCUCAUCUCUGAAGCCCAGCAGUUUGAAGGGAGUAUUCUUGCUUUUGGCUCUCGGCUUAGGGCUGGGACUUGUUCUGGCCAUCAUGGAGCUGACUGCCAAAUCACGAAACAUUGCUAAUGCAGAGCAGAAAUCCUGUUGUUCUGUCUUGACUACUGAACUUGGUAAGCGGUUUGGAAAAAGAGAGGAAGCUCAGGCAGAAAGCUCCGAGAAAUGCAAAGCUUAAAUCCACUCAACAUUGUUAGAAAUGCAUUUCUGUUCAUACAAUCAGCUUGUUUCGGCUUUCAAUUUAGAAAGGUUUAACUGCGUAUGGAAAACCACUUCCAUGACACCUUUUAUAAUUAACUUCACAGACUAUAAAAAGCACUUCUAUUCUUAUUGACUGGUUUUAGAUUAUAAGCGCUAAAGUUAUUUCUUCACACACUUAUAUUGGCCUAACAAUAAAUGUAGAAUACAUACAGUAAUGUCUAUUUAAACAUUCUAGUUAUUUUGUGUGGUUUUUUGUUUGUUUGUUUGUUUAUUUGUUCGUUUUUUUUCCAUAGUAGAUGUUAUCUGAAAAAAUAACAUUGUUUUAUAUGUAUUGGAAAUGAGAAAAGUGAAGGCAUGUAAUGAAUAUAAGAAUGUUUCAUGACUUCUUAUUGCUUUUAUACUAUUGAGUAAUAAAUGCAUGAUAAUAUAUUAA